ACAGGUUCUAUGGGUCGGGGAAGAGCCAGUUGAUAAAGAUGCAAGAGUUGUCAUGCUUUGCCCAUCAUUUUUACAGUUAGCUCAUAGAUUCCACAGGAUUGCCAACAAGGGCAUGCUGAGUUUUCUUGGGAUGAUCUCAAGCAGGUGGACUCCAAGGCUGUCUCACAUCAAGGGUCUGCAAGACUGGCUUGCAAGGCAUAACUGGCAGUUCUGCAGUGCAAGCUCUUUCAUCACAGGAAGUGUCUGAGUCGGCAAAGAGCAACGCAGGAUGCGGUGAAGCUGCCAGUGUAUUUUUAUUUCCUGCCAUGGCAGCACAGAAGUCUUCUUUGCAAAAAAUGGCAGCUCAGCUUGAAACAGAGGGCUCAACUUUACUUAAGGCCUACCUAUGGCAGACAGUACUGCCAACUGGGGAGAAAGUGCCAGAAUUGGGACCUAUUCACUAUGGAUCAGAAAGCAGCAGAGGCAGGCGCAAGAUACAGAAAUGGAAGCAAGUACAAAGCCAGCCUGAGAGUGAAGUCCCUGAGCCUGGACAUAAUGAUCUCCCACUAUUGGUUUCCCAAGACAGCAGAGUGGCCACCAAGAGAUCUAUCUUCCAGAGGGCUUUCUCUCUGCCAGGCAGGAUGAGCAAGGCCCAGGAGAGAAGCAGUAAGCUCAGUGUGAAGAAGUACCUGCGCUCCAUGUCUCAUUGGAAGAACCAAGAGGGCCCCUCCCAAACAGUGAGGGAGACCAAGGAAACAAGCAAAGGUGAUGAUUCUGUUGUCCAGUUGAUUCCAAGCAUGGGUGUUCGUCCUUGGGAUGUGGCUAAUGUAUCUCUGCAGGACAGACGGCUGACGUUAUGGGGCAGAGAUGAGGAGAAUCUGCUUGAGAAGCGGAAACGAACCAGCAGUUCUGUUUCAGAGAAUAACUCAAUAUUCCGACCACAUAAGGAAAAUACAGAGUUUUUCAUAGGAGGACCUGCUCCUGAGAAAAAGGCUUUCCAGGAUGCUUCUUCGGGCACACAGCUUGGCAAUGUGAAGGGGAUGCUUUGGAGACGGUUCAGAGGUCGGAAGGUCCUUCCUAACACUGAUUCCUCAGGUGAAUCUGUUGUGAAUGACAAUAGGGAGGCCUUUAUUGGCCCAGCUCUCACCCUGGACCUGAACAAUGAGAAAGAUGUCUUGAUCCGACCACUUCAUAGCAGCCUUGUGGGAAAGCAGCACUGCUUUGAGGUCCUGAGGGCUGGGGAACGCUACUGCUUUAACUGUUCAUCUGCUGCUGAGAGAACCCACUGGAUGGAGAACUUACGUCAGGCUAUCCAGCCCAGUAUGGACAACUGGCAACGGAUGGAACACAGGUUAAGUCUUUGGGUAUAUGAAGCCCGAGACUUGUCUCCCAGGAAGCACUACCACUGUGAAAUCCAAUUGGAUGGAGUCCUGUAUGCCCGCACAACAGUCAAGCAAGCCAGCCCCAUAGGAACUCUCUUCUGGGGGGAGCACUUUGACCUCAAGACUCUUCCACCAGCUGUCGAAUUACAGGUCUGCUUGAUACAGGAAGAAGAAGGGCUGUGGCCAAAGGAAAGCCCCAAUGCCAGCAUGUCUGUUCCCCUAAAGGAGCUGGCUGCUAAGCACCAGCCCUUGGAGAGAUGGUACCCACUGGGCAAAGAGAAGCCAAACAUGCCCACCCUUCGACUCCGAGGACGAUACUGCAAUUUCAAAGUGUUGCCCAUUGUACAGUACAAAGAAUUUGCUGAAUAUCUCACUUUCCAUUAUCGGGAGUUAUGUGCUUCAUUGGAGCCCAGCCUCAGUGCCAGAGAUAAGGAAGAGCUGAUGAGUGUCCUAGUGCGGGUCUUGCAAAGCACAGGCAAAGCCAAGGAUUUUCUCAUUGAUUUAGGCAUAGCCGAGCUGGACCGUUUUGAUGACCGGGAAGCUUUGAUUUUUCGUGAAAACACGCUAGCCACCAAGGCCAUUGAUGAAUACAUGAAGCUGGUGGGAAGCCCAUACCUGCUGGCCACAUUAAGUGAUAUUAUAACCCAGCCAAACUUUUUGGAGGAUUGCUGUGAAGUCGACCCAAGCAAAUGCCCUCCCCGUGACCUGGCUGACAAUCGCAACCAUCUGCAGAAACUCUGUGAAGAAGUCUUCCUAAGGAUUGCUAUGUCCAGCAACUCCUUUCCAGCUGAGCUUAACGAGAUCUUCACAGCCUGGCAAGAGGCGUGCCAGUUGCGGGGCAAGGUGGAUAUUGGCCAGCGACUUGUCUCUGCUUCUCUAUUCUUACGCUUCCUUUGUCCAGCCAUUAUGUCCCCCAGCCUUUUUGGCCUCACACAGAAAUACCCCGAUGACACCACCUCCCGCACCCUCACCCUGGUGGCCAAGGUUAUUCAGAACCUGGCCAAUUUCACCACGUUUGGGGAAAAGGAAGCCUAUAUGAGUUUCAUGAAUGAGUUUCUUGAACACAACUGGUAUACCAUGAAAUCAUUUCUCAGCUGCGUUUCAAGCCCUGGUAGUACCAUAGCAUUGAGUGCCUAUAAUGACUCAAUUGACCUGGCCCUGGAAUUGUCCAUCCUUCACUCCCUGCUCUGCAGCAUCUUCUCCACUCUGGAACAGCAAACCCAGGAGAAACUGCAGCCCCUGCCAGCAAUCCUCCAGGCUAUCCAAGAGGGAACCCCUGUGCCUGUCUCCAUUCUUCUUGGGCCUCACAUGGAGGAAAGACACACUGAGAAACAGAAAGUAGAAUUUGUCCCCCCACGGGAUCUGGACAAGUAUAGUCCUCUGAUCAAGAGCCAGUCCAUGACCAGCAUCCAAAAGAACAAAGGCAAGGAAGAAGCCCUGACUCCUUUAUAUCAAACCAAAACCAGGAGCAAAGUGCAACGUACUCAGAGUGUCCCAACCCAGACUAAGGCAUCUCGGCGUCUCCACAAGCAAAGUAGCAUAGAGCGAGUGGUUGACAGUCAGGACAGCAACCCUCAGCCUUAUGACUUCUCUCUAUGUAAUGGUGGCAGCAGCAAGGCAUCCCAGGGAUGCUCAAAGCUCCACCCGUCUGUAUCAUUGCCCCAGAAACCAUCGGUCCCUUGGUUACGACAUUCAGAGGAUACAUCAGCAAUGCAAAAUUGCCUAUAUCCCAUGCAACCCCUGGAACAGUAUGCAAGACAGAUGGAAGUGCUGCAAAUGAAGCUGAGUUCAGCCAGAGACAAGCAGCAACUCCUGGAGGAGCAGGUGAAAUCACUGUCUGUCCAGAAUCAAGCACUGCUGCAGGAGCAGGCCAGAUUUCAAGAACAAGAAGAGAUCCUUGGCAAGAGGGUAGAGGAGACGGAACUUUGCCUGGUACAGCUCAGCAGCAGGGUGUCCUGCAUAGAGGCCAGCUGGAAGAAGGAUCAUGAAAAGCUGCAAGUGAGUGAGGAGAAGACCAAACAGCUGGAUCUGCAGUUCUCCAGAAUGGAAAGGGACCAUGACCAGCUUUUCCGUGCUGUUAGCCAGAUGCUGGGGUAUCGAGAUAACCAACCACAUUACAGCAACAACUCUCAGGGCUUGUGUGGAUAAUGAGACUGAGAAUGGGAAAGCCAUAUUCCCACAGCUCUAGAAUCCAGAGAAGACAAGAGGAUGGGAAAAUGUGCCUUCCACUAACAAGGACAGCAACAUAUUAAGAGUUCUCAACAGUAUUCAGCCAUUGCUUCAGCUUCCAAUCCAUCCCUUCCUGAAAGUUUAUUCACACACAUUCCAUCCUCCGGCUUAAAGAUACCCCAUUUACCAUUUUCUGGGUACAUAUCCUCACUGCAGAGCUGCCUUGGCUUGAAAAUGUUUUCUUUGAGAAAAUGGAAGAAUAUCUCAGUUUCACAUCAUUUCCAACCUCUGGGGGUGUAGAGUCUCCAGAGCUUGGAAAUAUGUUGCUUACUACGGCUCAGGGUGGGUUCUAUUUACCUUUACUACCAGUUUGCACUGGGAGUGCACGCGCACGCACACUCGCUUUGUUCACGGGCAUGCACUUCUGCGCAUGUGCAGAAGCUUCUGCGUAUCCACAGAUCACCCUUGAUGACAUUGGGGCGGGAGGGGUGGAGCCUCCCACCGGUUUUACUACCAGUUCUGUAGAACUGGACAGAACCGGGAGCAAUCCACCACUGCUAUGGCUGCCAGAAAGGCCAGACACCUUUACUGUGCACUUCUUUUCUGUGCUUGUGGCUUCGUCAGGGAAAUAGUUUUCUCUUACCCCUAAUAGACAAAUGAGGGCAUUCAGUGAGUUGAUAAUUCUGUUGCUAUGCAGAAGGUUUUCUUUAAUGUAGCUUUGCUCUUUCCUUUCUUCCCCACUUCCUUCUCCACCAGCAUGCUCUUUUGUGACAGUGAAUACUACAAUCCCAAAGCCCCAAGUGUGAGUGAUUUACAGUUGAGAGUGAGGUGGGGGAGCAGGACUUUCCCUUCUGUACAGUCAGAUGAUUUCAGGCACUGAGGGGGAUUUAACAGAUCAACAGAGUUUCAAGGGACCUUUUAAGUCAUCUAGUUCAACCCCCUGCCCAAGCAUGAGACCCUACACCAUUUCUGACAAAUGGCAGUCCAUUCUCUUCUUGAAAGACUCAAGUGAUGAAGCUCCCACAACUUCCGAAGGCAAGCUGUUCCAUUGGUUGAUUGCUCUCACUGUCAGAAAAUUUUUCCUUAUUUCCAGGUUUGUUUGUUUGUUUUUAUUUGCAUUUAUAUCCCACCCUUCUCCGAAGACUCAGGGCGGCUUACACUAUGUUAAGCAAUAGUCUCCAUCCAUUUGUAUAUUAUAUACAAAGUCAACUUAUUGCCCCCAACAAUCUGGGUCCUCAUUUUACCUACCUUAUAAAGGAUGGAAGGCUGAGUAAAACCUUGGGCCUGGUGGGACUUGAACCUGCAGUAAUUGCAAGCAGCUGUGUUAAUAACAGACUGUCUUAGCAGUCUGAGCCACCAGAGGUUGAAUCUCUCCUUGUUCAGUUUCCAUCCAUUAUUCCUUGUCUGGCCUUCAGGUGCUUUGGAAAACAGCUUGACCCCCUGUUCUCUGUGGAAGCCCCUCAAAUAUUGGAAGACUGCUAUCAUGUCUCCCCUGGUCCUUCUCUUCACUAUCCAUACUAGCAACCGUUCAUUGUAUAUUUUAGCCUCCAGUCCCCUAAUCAUCUUGGUUGCUCUUCUCUGCACACUUUCUAGAGUCUCAACAUCUUUUUAUAGUGUGGUGACCAAAAUUGGAUGCAGUAUUCUAGGUAUGCUCUUUAGGUAAGGCUUUAUAGAAUGGUAUACAUAUAGACCUGUGAUGGCGAACCUAUGGCACAUGUGCCAUAAGUGGCACAAAGAGCUACGUCGCCUGGCACAUGUGGCAUUGCCCAUUCCUCUUCCAGGUUUCUGGUGCACACAUGCGCACUGGCCAGCUAAUCUUCUGGUUACUGGUGCGCAUGUGUGUGCGAUGAUCAGCUAGCCUUCACACAUGCAGCAGUGUCAGAAACCAGAAGAUCAGCCAGGCAGCUGAUCAUCGCGCAUGCAUGCGCACCAGUAACCAGAAGACUAGCUGGCCGGUGCACAUGCAUGCACCGGAAACCAAAACUUCAUUUCCUGGCACGUGCAUUCCCACUGGGUGUGCACAUCAGCUAUGCCGUCGACAGCCACAUGUAGCCCCGGAACAUCCACCGCCUUGCCAACCAGGAGUACUGCCACCAGUCACUCCCCUGCGUCCGCCUGCCUGCCUGCCUGCCUUGCCACCAUUGUCAGGAAAGGCCCUGAAGCUGUGCUGCCUGGGAUCCAUGUUGAAGGCCGUUUGCGCCGGCAAAGCACACGCAUGUGCAGGUACCCAUAAUGCAAUGCACGCCCCCUGCACAUGUGCUCAUGACCCCCCCAUGACCCCUGCACAUGCGCAUGCACCCCACCCUCAUGUAUGCCCCCCCAAAAAAGCACCAAGUGGCGAAUUCUUCCAAGCGCACAAGCCGGGAGUGGCCAAUAUGUGGAGGUUUCCUUUCCCCGCAUCUAA